CGAGAGGAGGCAGGCUGGACGGAAGGGCGGCAGGACGCAAGGAAGGCGGCCGGGGGCGCAGCUGUUAAGUGUGGAUCAAAGCGAGGACGCGAGGCGAGCGGCGGCAGGGGCAACGAGCAGCCCCGAGCCGGGGAAUGCGGCGGGCACUGGCUGCCCAGCGAGCCCGAGAGUCGGGCUGCGCGGCUCACGUGCUGACCAGGAGCUGGGGCAGAGACAAGGAGGAAGGCAGCCGCCUGGGAAGGCGCUGCGCAGAGCCGAGUUGCAGAGCUGGGUCCCCAGGUCCCGCGCGGUGAGCCACCGAGACAAUAAAGUAGCGGUCGACAGCCCCCGAGCGCCGGAGGCAGGAGGCGGCAGAGCAGGUUUUGAUGAGAAAUUCAGAAGAAAGAAUGUGUGAAGGAAAAAGAUGACAUCUGUGCCUGGCAAACAAAAUCCAAAGAUUGUUACAGUGAAAACAAAAGGAAGGCAAGACAGUACUUACUAGUUCAAGAUGACAGAAGGCAGGCACUGCCAGGUGCACCUGCUGGAUGACAGGAGAUUGGAGCUGCUGGUUCAGCCCAAACUUUUGUCAAGAGAGUUGCUGGACCUCGUGGCUUCGCAUUUCAACCUAAAAGAAAAGGAGUACUUUGGAAUCACGUUUACAGAUGACACAGGUCAGCAGAACUGGCUACAGCUGGACCACCGAGUUCUUGACCAUGACUUGCCCAAGAAACCAGGCCCAACCAUUUUGCACUUUUCUGUGAGGUUUUACAUUGAGAGCAUAUCGUUUUUGAAGGAUAAAACCACCGUGGAGCUGUUUUUCCUGAAUGCAAAGUCCUGCGUGCACAAGGGGCAAAUCGAAGUAGACAGCGAAACUGUCUUCAGGUUAGCAGCGCUUGUUCUGCAGGAAGCCAAAGGGGAUUACACCAGUGAUGAAAAUGCCAGGAAAGAUUUAAAGACGCUACCAGCCUUUCCAACCAAAACUCUGCAGGAGCAUCCAUCCCUUGCCUACUGUGAGGACAGGGUAAUUGAGCAUUAUUUGAAAAUCAAAGGUCUGACUCGGGGUCAAGCUGUGGUUCAGUAUAUGAAAAUAGUAGAAGCCCUACCAACUUAUGGAGUCCAUUAUUAUGCAGUAAAGGAUAAACAAGGACUUCCUUGGUGGCUUGGAAUCAGCUAUAAAGGAAUUGGCCAGUAUGAUUUACAAGAUAAGGUGAAACCUCGGAAAUUGUUCCAAUGGAAACAGCUGGAGAACUUGUAUUUCCGUGAGAAAAAGUUUGCUGUUGAAGUUCACGAUCCGCGGAGGAUUUCAGUAUCAAGAAGAACUUUUGGGCAAAGUGGCCUCUUUGUGCAGACGUGGUAUGCGAACUCUUCUCUCAUCAAGUCCAUCUGGGUAAUGGCAAUCAGUCAGCAUCAGUUUUACUUGGACCGGAAGCAAAGCAAAGCAAAAAUUCCUUCAGCCAGGAGUUUAGAUGAUAUUGCUUUGGAUUUGACGGAGACUGGAACACCAAGGGUCUCCAAAAUGGUGACACUCGAGGCAAAAAAUCAGUUCAUCAUGGCAAGCAAUGGCAGCUUAAUCUCUUCAGGUUCUCAAGACUCCGAAGUCAGUGAGGAGCAAAAACGGGAGAAAAUCCUCGAACUCAAGAAGAAGGAGAAGCUGUUGCAAGAAAAACUCCUGAAAAAAGUUGAAGAGUUGAAAAAGAUCUGUUUGCGAGAGGCUGAGCUCACAGGCAAAAUGCCAAAGGAGUAUCCGCUGAACGUAGGUGAGAAACCCCCUCAGGUCAGAAGGCGUGUAGGUACCGCGUUCAAAUUAGACGACAACUUGCUGCCAAGUGAAGAGGAUCCUGCUUUGCAAGAACUGGAGAGCAAUUUCCUAAUCCAGCAAAAGCUGGUUGAAGCUGCAAAGAAACUUGCCAAUGAGCCAGACCUUUGUAAAACCGUGAAGAAAAAACGAAAGCAAGAUUACACGGAUGCGGUGAAAAAGCUUCAGGAGAUUGAAAAUGCAAUCAAUGAAUACCGAAUUAGAUGUGGAAAGAAACCCAGCCAGAAAGCAGCCGUUACUUUACCAGAGGACAUCAUCCCAUCAGAAAGCAGCUCCUUGUCUGACACUGCCACCUAUGAUGAUCCCAAUGACACCUUCAGUCUUGCUGGGCAGCGAUCAAGUUCAGUACCUCACUCUCCAAGAAUUCUCCCCCCCAAGUCUCUCGGGAUUGAGCGAAUCCACUUCAGAAAGUCGUCCAUCAAUGAGCAGUUUGUGGAUACCAGACAGUCCAGGGAGAUGCUGUCGACACACAGCAGUCCUUACAGAACCCUGGAGAGGCGGCCCCAGGGGGGAAGGAGCAUGCCCACCACGCCCGUCCUUACCCGCAACGCCUACAGCAGCAGCCACUUGGAACCCGAAUCUUCAUCUCAGCACUGCCGCCAGCGGAGCGGAAGCCUCGAGUCCCAGUCUCACCUGCUCUCCGAGAUGGACAACGACAAGCCAUUCUUCUCCCUCUCCAAGUCCCAAAGAAGCAGCAGCACAGAAAUCCUGGAUGACGGGUCCUCCUACACCAGCCAGUCAAGCACGGAGUAUUGCUGCGUGACGCCCGUGGCCGGCCCCUACUACACCGCCCAGACUCUGGACACUCGAUCCAGGGGGCGCAGAAGGUCCAAGAAGCAGAGCGUUUCGGCUGCCAGCUCCGGGAGCAUGCCCAACCUGGCGCAGAAGGAGAGCCUGCGGAACGGCGUCUACGCCAGGAGCCAGGAGCCGCCCGCUUCCAGCUACUACAUCGCCGGCUACGCGCCGUACGCGGAGGGUGACCUCUGUUACGGGGGCGGCUACGUCUACGAGAACGACACGGAGGGACAGUACAGUGUCAACCCGCCCUACCGGUCCUCCGCCCACUACGGGUACGACCGCCCGAGGGACCACAGCAGGUCCUUCCACGAAGACGAGGUCGACCGGGUGCCGCACAACCCGUACGCCACUCUGCGGCUGCCGAGGAAGGCGGCCGCCAAGUCGGAGCACAUCACCAAAAACAUCCACAAGGCCUUGGUCGCCGAGCACCUGCGCGGCUGGUACCAGCGGGCCUCCGGGCAGAAGGAGCAGGGCCACAGUCCGCAGACGAGCUUCGACGCGGACAGGGGGUCGCAGAGAAGCCUGGGCUUCGCGGGGCUCCACGUGCCCUGUUCUCCGAGCAGCCGUGCGUCUUCGUACUCAUCAGUGUCUUCUACAAAUGCUUCUGGGAACUGGAGGACCCAGAUAACCGUAGGGCUAUCUGAAUACGAGACCCCGGCACAUUCUUCUUACACCAGCUGCUAUGGCAACAUCUAUAAUCCUUUGCCCUCUCCAGGCAGACAGUACACAGAGACCGGUCAACUGGACGGUCCAGAUGGAAACCAGUUGGAGGACAGCCUGGAGAGCAGUGAGCAGAGGCUCUUCUGGCAUGAAGACUCCAAGCCUGGGACAUUAGUCUGAACUGCAGUUGGGCCUCCUGACCGAGCACUGCGUUCUCACACUAGUGUGCCUUGCAAAACGCGUUCGUCUUCCCAGAAGGCCAUUGGCUUUAGAAACCUCCAGGCACCCGAGGUGGAAGAGAGGACUCACAUGGCCCCGGAAGUGAACCACAUACUCAGCCGCACAAAACCCCUGAACCACAACCUGCCUUUCCAAGUCCAGGCGCUAACCUCACAGAGCAAGGUCGGACCACGUUGCCAGGGAGGACUCAGCCUUUCUCAGUAGCAAGCACUACUUAAGGGAAUAAAAGUCAUUGAAGGCAGACCUCACAACUGUGAAAAGUGCGUUCAGGGUCUCCAAAAGGAAAGCAGGACAGGGGAGAUUUCAGAGCACAAUUCAGAAUGAAGAGAGAAGAGAAGACACAAGCUCCUCAGUCACCGCUCACCAUCGGAAGGCUUGAAUUUGUGAGCUGGCGAAGAAUUACAUACCAUGUCUACCCAGACGUGAACAACUUAGACAGUAUUGGAAAAUUACUUGAAGGGAAGCUGGAUUUUCAUGAAGUUCCGAAUGAGUGUAGAUGUUUUUAGGCUACUAUCAAGAGUGAUGGUUUUCCUAAGCACCAUAAAAUGGGUUCUGGAAAGACUGGCUGCCAUAGCAUCCUGUCAUAUAACUUUACGGUAGCGGACUGAGGGAGAUGAAGCAGCCCACUGAGUAACUGGCAAACUCUGCUUGGAGAAUGUUCUAAGGUACAGUGUCGCUGAGUUCCUUCUGUCUUUCUACGCCAGCGGCAUGAUGGGCUGGUACCUCCCCAACUCGGCUCUCACUGCAAUGGCAGCCUUGACUUGGAAAGCUUUUAUAAUCAAGAGUUUGAAAAAGGAUUCUGAGGAGAUACAGAAAGAGCCCAACAACAUAAAGAAAAAAAACACGAAAACCACAUCAUUUUAGACGAAUUGCGUGCCUUAAAGUUGUGAACAAUAGAAACGUGAACAUAUUGUCUUCCACAGGCAGUUCUAAGUCACCAAGUGACAGAAACAAGAUUAGUCAUUGAAAACAAAAGCAAAAAACCUCCAAGCUGCAGUAGAUUUAAUUAUGAGGCUAAAACUACCUCAUACUUUCCUUGGAAGAACUAAUUCGCUAUGGUUGAUUGUAGGGAAUUUUUUUUUUAAACAAAUAUUUCCAUAUUCCAGAUGAAUCUUUUUUUGUCAUCUCUACUCUGCUUCAGAAUUCCAUAAAAGGUGCUCCUUCCCCCCUCUUUUAUACAGGUUUCUUGUUCAUAUUGUGAAUAGAGAAGUUUCUGAACAACUUUUUUGGGAACAUUUUCUAUCUAUAUUCCAAAGCAUGUAAUAUAUACAUAAAGAUGAUUUGUUAAACUGGU